AUUACACGUUGAGAGUCAUUGAUAAGGCCACUUGGGGAAUUGGAGGUUCAGCCAUUUAGCAAUGGCUUGCACUGCCUGUUGCUCCUAGACACUCUCUACAAGCAAAGAAAUCAUUAGCUAUAUUUGCGCAAUUACUUAGAACAACAAGAAAGGCACUCAGAAAUAAACAAAAUGAUAACAACAAGAAAGGUGUUUGAUCCACCAAAAUGGAGCCCCACGAUGUGAUUGUUGAAAGGUGGUUGUAUAACUGCCUUGGGGCCUUUGAGAUCCCCCAACUUUUUACUAAAACUUGGAUUAGGUUGAAUUACAGCUGACUGCUUUUUGCACUCUUUGGACUCCAAUAAGAGCAAGUGGGGAAGCUUCCUAAGAGAUUUCGUGCCACUGGGGUAAUGCUAUAUAGAAUUGGAACACUCUACACUCCUCUCACUUGUAACACACAUUACACUCUGCAGUCGAGCAAGGAAUGAGUUACCACCAUAUUUCUCACGAGGUUCACCCCCCUCGAGGCAAUUCAGGGUAUCCACCUCCAUAUCCUCCACCGCCAGGCUUUCCACCACCACCACCACCACCACCACCAGGAUAUCAAGGGUACUUCUAUGAAGGGUACCCUCCACCUCCACCUCUACCCCCACCCCCUUCCCACCCAUAUCAGCAGUACGAAGAUGACUGUGGCUGUUUAUUUCUAAGAGGCUGUUUAGCUACACUUUGCUGCUGCUGCGUGUUGGAGGAGUGCUGCUUCUAGGCCUUUCAAUGUCUCUCAUCAUGUAUACAAGUCUGGUAUUUAGUAAUUCUGCUUCCGAGGGGGCGACGAGGGAACUAUGCUCUUGAUAUAUCUGUCUAAUUCCUCGCAAAUUUCGAAUGGUGGAAUUUUAGCACUUUCAUGCCUUAAAUUUAGUUUGAGAAACUUUUGUAUCAUACCAUUAAUAAAUUAUUAUUUUGAAACUUUUA